UUUAUUUAUUUUUGGCGGCCGAUCCUCUCCUCCAAGUUCUUGUUCUAGUUCUUUGCGAAUCCCGCCAAGCAGGUGGAUCCAACAACUCGAGAUAUCGAGGCGGCGAGUACUGGAGGCCGACUCUCCUUUCUUUUUAGACGGCGCCAUGGACGACUACGAGACAGAGGAAAGAAAGCAGGCUGCGGCUGAUGCAUUAUAUCUGUAUUCACAGUUUGUGAUGGCAUGCAUUGGAGAGGGUGUAAGACCUAGUAAAUUAAGGCUUCAUCUGAUGAAGGAGGUUUCAGGCAUCCCAUCUUGUCUGAAGAAGGACUCACCUCAGUCUACAUCGCAAGUUAAAGCAGGUGAACCAUCUUCUUCUGGGAGGGUGGAAGGAGAUAAAACCGACAGCUUAAGCUCCAAUGCUAUAUAAUGUAACUAGCUGUUCUUGGACACGUGAAUGUCACACUGCGUAGACAAUCAUUUUGACCAAGCUCAGCUUCUGCUGCUUGAGGUUGUAAUCUUCUUUAUAUUUACAUAAAAAUCUGACACUUGAACAGUGCACAGUAUAUGUCAGCCCUGGAUUUUCCUCCACC